AGCCUUUCCAAGUGCGAAGGGUUUGGGUGUAACUCAUCCCCUCCCCGGGACGCGGCUGCGUCUCCCGUUGGCCCCAGGUCUUGGUGCGUUUGCCACCCUCACCCUCUCGCCCCUUAGAAGGAGGAAAGGGAAGGAAGGAGGGCUGGCAGCCCGAACCGGGAGCGAGGACUGUGUUCAGGCACCAGAAGGGUACCAUGCCAGUGGAAAGGAUGCGGAUGCGCCCAUGGCUGGAAGAACAGAUAAAUUCAAACACAAUACCAGGGCUAAAGUGGCUUAAUAAGGAAAAGAAGAUUUUCCAGAUCCCCUGGAUGCAUGCGGCUAGACAUGGGUGGGAUGUGGAAAAAGACGCACCACUAUUUAGAAACUGGGCCAUCCACACAGGAAAGCAUCAGCCAGGAAUAGAUAAACCUGAUCCCAAAACAUGGAAGGCGAAUUUUCGAUGUGCCAUGAAUUCUUUGCCUGAUAUCGAAGAAGUUAAGGAUAAAAGUAUAAAGAAAGGAAACAAUGCCUUCAGAGUAUACCGGAUGUUGCCCUUAUCUGAACGACCUUCUAAGAAAGGAAAGAAACCAAAGACAGAAAAAGAAGACAGAGUUAAGCACAUCAAGCAAGAACCAGUUGAGUCAUCUUUGGGGCUUAGUAAUGGAGUAAGUGAUCUUUCUCCUGAGCUCGCGGUCCUGACUUCAGCUAUAAAAAAUGAAGUGGAUAGUACGGUGAACAUCAUAGUUGUAGGACAGUCCCAUCUGGACAGCACCAUCGAGGAUCAAGAGAUUGUUACUAAUCCGCCAGACAUUUGCCAAGUUGUGGAGGUGACCACCGAGAGUGAUGAGCAGCCAGUCAGCAUGAGUGAGCUGUACCCUCUGCAGAUUUCCCCCGUGUCUUCCUACGCAGAAAGCGAAACUACCGAUAGCGUGCCCAGCGAUGAGGAGAGCGCUGAGGGGAGACCACACUGGCGGAAGAGGAACAUUGAAGGUAAACAGUACCUCAGCAACAUGGGGACACGGAGCACCUACCUGCUGCCCAGCAUGGCGACCUUCGUCACUUCCAACAAGCCGGAUCUCCAGGUCACCAUCAAGGAGGAGAGCUGUCCGGUGCCUUACAACAGCUCUUGGCCCACGUUUCCUGAUCUCCCCCUCACUCCCUCCGUGACCCCUGCAUCCAGCAGCAGUCGGGACCGAGAGACUCGGGCCAGUGUCAUCAAGAAGACGUCAGACAUCGCCCAGGCCCGUGUCAAGAGCUGCUAAGCCCUUGAGUCUCCCCGGUGGUUGUUGGGAUUUCUUGGCUUUGUGUUGUUGUUUGUUUGUGUUUUAUUUUUCUCUCUGACACCUAUUUUAGACAAAUCUAAGGGAAAAAGCCUUGACAAUAGAACAUUGAUUGCUGUGUUCAACUCCAGCCCUGGAGCUUCUUUUUAACUCAGGACUCCAGCCCCUUGGUAGACGCGUGUCUCUAGAGCCUGCUGGAUCUCCCAGGGCGACUCCCUCAAGUUCAAGGACCAACAGCCACACGGGCAGUGGAGGUGCUGCGUUGCCUAUGGUCAAGGCCAGCGUGGAGGAGUGGAUGCUUCAGAAUGGACGAGAAAAUGUGAACUAGCUGGAAUUUUUUAAUCUUUGUGAAUAUGUACAUAGGGCAGUACUAGCGACGCUGCAGUCUGCUUCUGCACCUUAUCUUAAAGCACUUAUGAUAGGCCUUCUUAUGAUCUUGCUCUAUUCCACAGCACAUUCAUCGUCCCCUUCUCUGCCCUUUACCCUCCACCCAUCCCUUCCCAUCCCCUCCCACACGGUUCCUUUCCUCCUUUUCCUCCCCUCAGAGGCUGUGAUCCACAUCCUGGAGGAGGAGGAGAAGGAGAAAAUGAACCUCUCCACAGAUGUCCCAUUUUUAAGACUGCUUGGAGGAAAAAAAAAAAUCUUUCUAAUCUGCUAUGCUUGAAUGCCACGCGGUACAAAGGAAAACUAUCAUGGAAAUAUUAUGCAAAUUCCCAGAUUUGAAGACGAAAAUACUCUAAUUCUAACCAGAGCAAGCUUUUUUAUUUUUUAUACAGGGGAAUAUUUUAUUCAAGGUAAAAUUCUAAAUAAAAUAUAAUUGUUUUUUAUCUUUUCUACAGCAAAUUUAUAAUUUUAAGAUUCCUUUUCUUGUUUAUCAGCAGUUGUUAUUACAUCCUUGUGGCACAUUUUUUUUUUAAUUUUGUAAAGGUGAAAAAAAGCUUUUAUGAGCUCAUGUAGCAAUCAGAUUAUCCUGUGGAUUGAUAAUAAAUGAAUAUGAUAUAUAGUUAAAUUUUUAA